CCGACCCAACCCGCUACGGCAGCACGCAGCUAAGGCAGAGCAAGGCGACGAUGGUGAAGCCCGUGGUGAACGCCAACAUGAACAAGACGUUCCGCGAGGUGGUGGGCCGCUUCGUGGGCGCCGCCCCGCAGCUCUCGCACAAGCAGAAGGUGCAGCGCCUGUACAAGCAGUCGCUCAAGACGCUCGACUCGUGGGUCAUCGACCGCCGCCUCUGGAACGAGGAGGCCACCAAGAUCCGCGCGCAGUUCGACGCCAACCGCGAGCUCGACCCCGAGUCCGGCCUGGCGAAGCGCCUGGUGCGCGAGGCGCAGGAGAAGGUGGACCACUACACGCACCCGGACCGCUAUAUUUUUAACUACAUGCCCGGCGGCAGUCUGUUCAUGCGCAACGCGCCCAUCCCGCUGGACGUGUGCUUCCCGGACGGCAACAUCCCCGACGACGUGGAGCUGUCGCCGCUCGAGGGCAUCAACAUCGACAUGACGCCCCUGCCCGCCAAGGACACGGUCUUCGUCGACUUCUCCAAGAAGGGCUACGACUAAGCAGCCGACAGGGUCGAGAGCAGGAGAGAGUGUUUGCUGUACCGUGCUGAGCAGGAAGGACGUGAUCUUCAAGCAAUUACGACAAGAAACAAAUGCAAGGGAAGAACGGGUAAUUCUGCGGGUGUUU